CCCCGCCGCCCCUCAAGGCCCAGCUGUGCCUGGUCCUUAUCUCAGUUCCUCCGUGGCGCCCAGCUCCAGCGGCGUCUGCUCCGAGGAGCCGUAGGUUGAGCCCAGGCUCCGGUAGUUUCUUCCCGUUUCAGCAAAAUGUAAAACAGCCUGCAGUCGGUGCUUUAGCUCUGAAAUUUCUACAGGUCCGGAACUGGGGCCUGACUUGGCCGGGUGGUUCUGCCUGGGUCUCCCGUGAGAUGGCAAUCAGGAUGGAGGCCAAGACUGCGGUUGUCCGGAGGUCUGCCUCCAACGUGGACCACUCGCGUGGCUAUUGACAGGAGGCAUCAGCUUGUCACUGCACGGACCUCCGCAUAAGGCCACGAGAGUGUCCCCAUGACACGGCAUCUGGCUGCCCUGGGAGCAGGUUACCCCAGAGAGACGGAAGCAGAGAAGCCACAGUGUUUUUUUAGGACCUAGCCUCAGAAGCCACACACCGACAGUUCUUCAGCGCAGGGGGAUGAACCCAAAGGCCUGAAUACCAGUCAAUAGACGGCAAUCCUUGGGGGCCAUCUGGAAGGCUGGCGCGACCAUAGAGGGUGGCAGUGUUUGUCCACAUCCUGACCUUCAGGAAGGAAGCCAGCCUCGAUCGCCUCCUUUGCGUCAGAUACUGACCUAGGUGCUGAGGACUCCCACAGAUUGAAAAGACGUAUUCCGGUGCAUUGGUUACAGCUGAGUGAAUCAACUGGUGUAACCCCCCAGGAUGGCAGAAGGAAUCCAACCAGAGGAGUGCACGAGGGUCUAGAAAAGAACCAAACUGUUCCCAAGGCACUGCCAGGAUUUAAGGAUGUCACCUUAAUGUCUGCAAGCAACAGGCACUGCAGCCUUCAAAGAGUUUAAAAAUUUACAUUUCUCUUUUGUAGCAUUUUAUAGAAUACUACAAAGGGAUGAUGUCACUCUUCUGUGGGACUCCCCAUUCAUUGGCUCCCUGUAGGCUUUUUUAAACUUCAAAGAAAUGCUGAGACAGGAAGCCAUUAGUAACCUUCAGACAAGAAGCGGACACUUAGAAAUGCCUUCUGUGGUCUCGCCCUGGAAGACGAGGAUGCUGAGUUCAAAGCUCAAGUAGAGAACACACCAACUUCAAAGGCAGAGGGAAUCGAAGGUGCUCCCUGGCUCUGGACGCUUCCUCUGCUCGAGAUGCGUAUAAAAAUGGUCCAAGUCCUUUGGGGAUGUGUUCUCCUUUGGAAUGUCUACAUCUCAUCUGCUCAGACCGUAUACCCUGGAAUCAAGGCGAGAGCUACUCAGCGGGCUCUGGACUAUGGCGUUCAAGCCGGGAUGGAGAUGAUUGAGCAAAUAGCCAAAGAAAGAAACAUUCCAGAUUUAAAAGGGUCUGAGUCUCUCGAAUUUCUGAAGAUUGAUUAUGUGAACUACAAUUUUUCAAACAUAAAAAUCAAUGCCCUUUCAUUUCCAAAUACUUCACUAGCCUUUGUGCCGGGGGUAGGAAUCAAGGCCCUGACCAACCACGGCACUGCCAACAUCAGCACAAACUGGGAAGUCAAGUCUCCACUUUUCCAAGACACAGGAGGAGCUGAUCUGUUUCUCUCUGGGGUCUACUUCACCGGUAUCCUUGUCCUGGCCCAAAAUGAAGUUGGUCACCCAACCCUGAAGCUCCAAGAGUGCCACGCCCAAGUGAGCCACGCCCGGGUCUCCUUUUCUGGAGAGCUCAGUGUCCUGUAUAACUCCUUCAUCGAGCCCAUUGAGAAACCCAUUUUAAAGAACCUAAAUGAAAUGCUCUGUCCCAUCCUCAUAGGUGAGGUGGAAGCACUGAAUGCCAAUCUCAGCAUGCUGGAGGUUUUAAUGAAGAUCGACAACUAUACCUUGCUGGAUUAUUCCCUGAUGAGUUCUCCAGAAAUUACUGAGAACUACAUUGACCUGAAUUUGAAGGGCGUGUUCUACCCAUUGAACAACCUCACCGACCCCCCCUUCCCUCCAGUGCCUUUUGAGCUCCCAGCAGGCAGCGACUCCAUGCUCUACAUUGGGAUCUCCGAGUAUUUCUUUAACUCUGCGUCCUUUGCCCAUUUCACAGCGGGAGCUUUCAAUGUCUCUCUCUCCACAAAAGAGAUUUCCAGCCAUUUGUUUCGAAACUCUCAAGGCAUUGGCAACAUGCUGUCCCGGAUCGCAGACAUCUACAUCCUGUCCCAGCCCUUCACGUUUCGGAUCAUGGCCACGGAGCCUCCUGUGGUCAGUUUACUGCCAGGUAACUUCACCCUGGACAUCCCUGCCUCCAUUGUGAUACUCACCGAGUCUGAGAACUCAACUGCUGAAACCAUCGUGUCCAUGGACUUUGUUGCUAGCACCAGUGUUGGCCUGGUUAUUUUGGGACAAAGACUGGUCUGCUCCUUGUCUCUGAACAGGUUCCACCUCUCUUUGCCAGAGUCCAAACGCAGCAAUAUCGAGGUCUUGAGGUUUGAAAAUAUUCUGUCCUCCAUCCUCCACUUUGGCGUCCUCCCGCUGGCCAACGCAAAACUGCAGCAAGGAUUUCCUCUGCCCAACCCAUACAAGAUCUCAUUCGUCAAUUCAAAUAUUGAAGUCCUUGAGCAUUUUCUUUUGAUUUCCACUGACCUGAAAUAUGAAACGUCUUUAAAACAGCCACCCAGAUUCUAUGGUUGGGAAGGUCUGAACCUGAUAAAUGAACAGUGGAGGGGAAAAUCGGUCCCCUGAUCGCCUGGCGUCCACUCCAGGACAUAAAUGGCCCUUGACCCCACCUACUGUACACCCAGAGGAAGAAGACAAUGCGAGCUGGAGUUGUAAAGCUCUGGUCAAGUGUUCGGGCUGAAAGUUUUCUUUCUCUACUCCUCAGAGACAAGGGGAGGCAAACCCGGUUAAAGAGUUAAAUCAGGGUGUGCCUGUCUCCAUGUGUGUGUGGUGGGAUGGGCAUUUGAAUGUGUGCUCCUGUUUCAAUGCGUGCUGUGUGUUUCUGUGUUUGUAAGAUUCUGUGGCCAAGAGUGAGGCAUGCCCUUCUGAUGAGGUGCACGAGGAACUCUUAAGCACAGAUUUGAACUGAUGUCCUCAGCGGAGAGCCCUCCAGCCCCUCCAGCUCUCUAGGGUUCUCCCCUCCCUGCACAUUGUUGGAUUUUGUGUUUUAUAUGCACUGCUACUGUCCCCUGUAUUUAAUUAAAAG